AUGGGAAAGAAUAAGGGAAAGCGCGUAAGUUUUCAUCAUCAAUCUUUGAUCCAAAACUCACAUAUUGUGAUAUUAAUAGUCAAAAUUGGACUUAUUGAAGAACCGUGGUGGAGGCCGAAACACGAGCAAAAAUGAGACAAACGACUCGCUUGAUUUCGGAACGAAUCGCGGAAAUAUUAAUACUCGCAACCAACCAACUAAUAAUGCGGUUUGUGAAACUUAUUUUCCUGGGAAAAUAUUUUUAGAACCCUAAUCAAUUUGGAGCCGGAAAAAGUCACGGUGGAUUUUCUACCGGUGCUUUUGGGGCUGCAGGAGGACUUGAUGUCGAUGACAGUCUGAAUCAGGUGAAAAUGAGUUUUUUUUUCUCUUAAAAAAAUAAUUUUUAGAGUGAAAUCGUCGUUCCUGUGAAUAAUCCUGGUCAUGGCGAUGCUGGAUACGAUGUAAACGCUCAUUAUUGUUUUUUUUUAAGAGCGGAUCUUCGAAAAUUUUUGUUUUCUUGAAAAAUUCGAGAAAAUUUUCUGAUUAACAUAUCACAUAUAUGGUUGAAAUUAUUCUUAUUGUUUUUUGAAAAAAUUGAUUUUUUGCAACCUUGUGAACGAUUUUUUUCAUUUUCUUGUGGGCCACCCUUUAAAAGUUUUUUUCAUAAACUCAAGGAUCCAUAAAAAGAGUUUUUAGGGACAGAAAAUAUUUCAGAAAGAGAGUGACUGUAAAAUUGGACAGAUCAACUAAAAUUUUAAAGUUUUUUUAUUUCUCAGGUUGUCGAUAGACUGGGAUAUGCUGAGCCGAAACCUCGUAGCAGGCAGAUCAGCGUUUCUUCCCACAAGGUUUUUAAGAAAAAAAAAAGGAAGACUGCUCAUUGAAAUAUAAUUUUUCAGUCGCAAAUCCACGGCUCCAAAUCGAAUAUCUUCGACUAUGCGGCCAAUGAUUACGGUCAUCAGGGAGACGAAAUUGAGAUCCAGAGCUCCGAUUUUCGCGGGAAGGAAAGUUUCGGCGGUUCUCAACAAAUUUUGGCGAGGAGCCGCGCCAACAGCGGCUAUCUCAAUGUAGUUGAAUUUUUUUAUAAUCAAAAAAAUCAACUUAUUUUUUGCAGGAGCCAUCGAACAACAUCUUCAGCAGCCGAGGCAAUUUACUGCCCCAAAAUGAGCCGAUUAAUGUUAGAAGCCGUGCGGCCAGUCACGUUUCUGACAGGGUUCUUAUUCACCUUUAAUUUGUGAAGAAAUUGACGAAAAAAAUAGGGAAAAAAAAUUUUAAUUUAGGGGAGAGAAAAGGGGAAUCGACAUAAAUAAGCAAAAAAUUAUUUUUUUUUUUGUCGAGUUUUCCAUUUUUUUCUUAUCGAGCCUUUCAUUUUUCUGCGAUUUAAAAGGCUCAAGAAAUGUUGGAUAAAGGGAGAGGCAGAAAAAAUUGUACAUAAGAGUCAAUGAAAUGGCGCGAAAAGUAGCAAAAAGAAGCUUUUUUCAUCCUAAAAAGAACAGUUCUAGGAGCCUUCAUUCCAUUCUUUCCAACUUUGCAUAUUAACUAACUUAUCCAUUUCUUUUCUCACAGGCCGGUCUCGAAGACGUCGACUAUCGGACUUCUUACGCAGCUCCGCAGAAUCUUCACAAGUCCGAGACUAAUAUUAACCGAGAUGAACACUUUUUGAACCCUACUAACCGCUCUAAUAGUGUUUACUCUCACAAGGUUCUCAUAAAAAUGAGGAAUUUUGAAAAUAAGGGAAAGUUUCAGUCAGCGUUUGAUGUUGAUCAACGCGGCCAAGUCGUUGAUAUACCUGUAAAUCGAAACAGAAGCGUCAGCGUUGCGUCGCGUAAGGUGAAAAUUCACUUUUUUUUUGUCAUGGAAAUUGUCCCUUUAUCACUUUUUUGCUGAAAAAUUUGUUUCAGUCUGGAUUUGGCCAAGGAGAAGAGGUCCAUAUCCCCAUCACGAAGAGAAAUAGCGUCAGCAUCGCUUCCCGAACGGUUCAUUUUUGCAGCGAAAAAUUGGAAUCAAUCGUUUAAUUAUUUUUUUAAAAUAAUGUUUUGGCCAUGUAAAAAUAUUGUGCAGGUUUUUUUGAAUUUUUUUGAAAUUUCCAGAAUUUCUUAUUUUAAUUAAAAAAAUUUCAUGUUGAGAUACGUGAAAUUUGACUGUUUUGAAAUAGAAGAUAUCUUUCCAUCUUUAUAUUUUAGAGAAAUUUGUUUUUUUCGAAACUUAGAAGGGAUGAUCCAACAGACCGAAAAAAACGGACGUUUUUAAAAAAACAUUGAAAAAAAUGAAAAAAAUAGAAGUUUUGAAAUAAAUUUCUCUAAUCUUUAUUUUCAGUCCGAAUACAUAAAAAAAUUUUUUUGGCCUUGUAUAGAAAAAUUUCAUAAUUUUUUACAGUUUGAAAGUGUAAAAUCCUUUCGGAAAUGCAUCUUCAAACUAAAAUUUCAUUUUCCAUUUUGAUAAAUUGGUGAAGUUUGUUCAUACACCUUAUCAAAACCAAAAGAUUCAACUCAACGAAAAAUGGAAACUUUAAAAAAAAAAAAUUCAAAAAAAAAAUGAAGUGAAUGAAUAUUUCCAACUUUCAUUUUUAGUCCGGAUACGGUCACCAUGAACCUGAUUUUCCUCAAAACGAGGUGGAAAUUCCUGUCACUCGUGAGAGGACAAUGAGCAUCGCUUCCAAUGGAGUUGGCUUUUUUGCGUUUUGACUGGAUUAAGGGUAAUUUUGAAGGGUGGAGACGUUGGUCAAGGUCGAGAAGUUGAGAUUCCAAUCACUCGUGGAAGGAGUUACAGCGUAGCUCCGGGGAAGGUGGUUUUCUGGGGAUUUUUAUGGAAAUUGCUUCUUGAAAAGACGAAAAAUAGAAGCUCAAAAGUUUCAAAAAUGAACUUUGAGAUUUUGCAUAAACUUGCUAGACUUUUAAGCGUGUACCCAAUCAUUUCUGUAAAGAAAAAUAAUUUUUUAGCGUUUUUUGAAGCGUUAGAACUCGAAAAAAGAAUCAUGUGGAUAGAAAAUUUUGGGUUAUUCAAAUUUCCAAGUCAAUUUUUAGAAAAAAAAAGUUCUUCUCUGAACCUUCUUGAUAAGAUUUUUCCAGUUUUUUCAUUAAUUCAAGAUUUAAAAAAAAAUGUUAGAUUAUUUUUUGUUUAUUCGAAACCUUUUUCAUGUCCGUGUGACGGAAAUCUUGAUUUAAAAAAUUUCCAGUUUUUCCCAUAUGAAUUGAAUAUUUAUCAUGAAGAAGUCUAAUUUUCUUUACUCAACUUUUUCUUUAUUCAGACCGAUCGUCAAAAUGAAAACGAAGGAGAAGCUGUGGAAAUCCCGAUAAACCGACAGAGAAGCCUGAGCGUUGCGGCCAGAACGGUGAUUGUUGAAAAGAAACCUUUUUCCUGUCAAUUUCAUUAUUUUUCCUUUUUUUUUUUCCUUUUUCAUCUUCAUCAUAUACUGUUUUUUAUUUUCUCCGUUAUUUUUGCCGUUUUCUCUGUUUCUUUCUACAUGAAGAUGAAUUCAGUCGGGAUCGGACCGCCCGACAGAACUGCUCCAGAUUCCCGUUAAGCCGAAACCACGGAGCAGAACGGUUUCAUUCAAUGUAAGUUAGCAAUAUAGAGACAUUUGAAAAAAAAAGUCUUGGGAUGUGUGUAAAGUUCAUUAUUAUUCAAUGAUUUGCUUUAAUUUUUCUUGAAAUUAAGGAAUUUUCGUCUGUAAGAUUGAUUCAAAAAAUGUUUUUCCUUCCAUUCUGGUCACUUUUUAGAAGGUCCGGAAGAAAUUAUGUUUUCAGGAUUUUCAAGGUUCAGUUCAUCUUCGUAUAAAUCCAUUUUUUCUCAAAACCAUAGUUAGGAAGAAGACACUUUUCAGAAUCUCCCAGAAAAGUUAUCUUCGUUUUUAUUUUUAAUUUCCCCUUUCUCUUUGGGAAAUCAGUUUUUGGAACCUUAUUAUGGGAGGCAUUUAUGUAAAAGCCAAAUAUCAGCUUUUCCUAUAGUCUGUGUGCCACGACUUGAAAUUUCACGGAACGACAUUCCGCUGUUCCGCUGCGUGCGUUCGCGAAGCGUCUUUCGAAUCUAGGUCACGCUUUCGAUUGAUUGUUACUGCUGUCGGAGCACAUGGAAGUAGAGUACCUUAAUAAAAGAAAAAAUUAAAGGCGCGACCAAGGUUCGCAAAGGCGCGCAGCGGCACAGCGGAAUGUCGUUUGGUGAAAUUCUAAGUCGUGGUAGACAAGCUAUACAUCAUGAACAUUGCAAAAAAUUUUUUCAUAAAUUUGAGCUCAUAUACAAAAAAAAGUGGUUUUCCAGGACCAACAAGCUGAAGCAGAGGCGAAAGCCGAGUUAGACGCGGCCUUCGGUCCGGCCGGCUCCCAUUUGUCCAUCAACCACAGUCGCCAUUCCCUGCACCCUCACACUCUGAAAAGAGCGACGAGUUCUGUGAUUCCCGGGGACCCGGAACCUUUCCGCAGGACCAGUGCUGCCAACAGCGUCGUCUCGCACAAAGUUUGAACCAACCGAAAAUUCAGUUUCAAAAGAAAGAUUUUUGAAAAUCUGGCUGAAGCUUAUUCGAAAUUCUCUAUAGCAUCCUGAUCCUUAAACAAGUAAAAAUCACUUUUAUUACUUUUUAGAGGAAUUAUGACUGCUUGAAGUUAAAAAUUUAUCAUUGAACUGAAGAAAUAAGGAAUUUUGAUGCUUUUAUGAGUCUGUUCAGUUUUUAAAUUUCAAGUUUUCUCAUGUUGGCUAGUAGGUCCUAACACCUGGAGAUUUUCCUUUCUUUCAUUCGCGGUGUUCUAAAAAAGUGCCAGAGAGGGUGAAAAAAAUGUAUCAAACUGCUUCUUUUUGAAAUGCUCUUGUGGGAAGCUUCAUCAAUGAUUUUUUGGCUUUUUUUUUCAGUCGGGCUUUGAAAACGGCGACUUUUUCGAGAGGAGGAACGCGCCAAGCCGCAACCGACUUGACAGUGUUUCUUCGGCUCAGGUAAAUGAAGCCCGGAAAAGUAAAAUUAUUCAUGAGUAUAGAGAAAUUCGAUUUGAUUUUUAAAAAAUGUGAGUAACUUGAAAUUUUGGUUUCUUGCCUUUUUUUUUGAUGUUUUGUUAUGUUUGUAGUAAUACCCGCGAAAUUCAAAAUUAUCUCUGACUCCGAAAUUUAGUUGUCUUUUUCUUUUUCUGACCCUUAUUUUGGGUUUUGCGGGAACUUUGAACACGCCAUCACCGCAGGUGGAUAUAAUAAAAGUCUGGAAAAAAUUUCUUCUUUCAAAAAAUUGGAUUUUCAUUAUAUCCGUUCAAUCAUUUCAUAAAACGGUUCUCAGAGUCUUCAAAUGAUUCCAUGCAACUUCAGUUUUUGAUAAUUAAACGUCGUUUAUGAGGAAAUCAUUGCAAUUACUAUUUUUCUAAAAAUAUUUUUUCUUUAACUGAGGAUUACUGUACGACGAGCAGAACAUUCAAAAAGAAAAUGAAAGGAAUUCAUGGACUUUGUAAGAAAAUUUUAAGAAAAUUGUUGCAGAACAACCGAGAAACCCUCGACGAUUUCGGCCUCGGCGAUGCGGCCAAUGAGAGAAUUUUGGCCUCGAGUCGGACCAACAGCGUCUUAUCCGACAUGGUUGAGCAUUCCACGAAGGCUCAUUUUCAUGAAAAUGAGUUUGAAGAUCCCUGCCCGCGGAGACGAUUUCAUGGUUCCGAGGAUUCCGCGCAGCCGCCACGCCAGCACGAAUUCCCACAGAGUACCUUGAAUUUUAUCAUUUCUCGCUUGAUUUCCAUCGCUUUUUAUGUGGUUUUUUGAACUCCAUUGGGUUUCUGAUGUAGAGUAGUUUUAAAAAAAUAAUUUUUUUCAUUUUGCUACCUUUGAAAUUUCCGUCAUCAUAUCCCUAAAAAGUUUUUUUGAAUGACCUCAAUUUUUACAUAUUUUUGGAUACUGUUUUACAACAGAAACACAAUGGAGACCUGAAAAACUCAUGAAAACCAUGGAAAUCAAGUAAGAUUUUGGGUGGAAAAGGUCUUUUAGAGGGAUGAAGAACAUUUGGAAGGCCGCCGGAAAAAGUUUUUAUGAAAGCUGGAGCCCAGAAAAUAAUCUAUAAAUUCAAAGGUAUAGAAUCUUCGGGUUUCUCAACUUAGUUCAUUUCAAGAAAAAUUUUCUGUAGCUUUUGUGUACCAGUUUUCUUCUAGCUGAGCUCUUUUUUUCAAAUUUUGAACGGUCGUUUUAAAUAUAUCAUCGCAAGACAUUGAAAACACGAAUAGUUUGGCUUCGAAACCUUUUCAAAGCUUUUUUCUAUCUGUACUUUUAAAACGCCACGCGCUGAAUACACGUUUAUGUCUAUUAAACUAUAAAAACUGGGAAAAAGAAAAGUCCCGAAGCGCGGUUUGGUCAAUUUUGAUGGAAAAAAUUUGUUUAAAAAAAAAAACCGGGUGCGGAAUAGGCUAUAUAUUCCGUCAAGUUAAGGAAAAGCUAUAGAAAACCUUUUUGAAGGAAAUGCAUGAACACGACUCGCGGGACGUUGGGACGGCCGGAGAUAACAGUGUGAGGGCGAUACAUGAAGAUCCCUACUCGCAGCAUCGUCUCAGCCGGGUUUGAAGUGAUGCAAGAAGUGGAAGGGGUUCUAAACUUAUCGAUACUAUUUUUUUUAGAAGCCGUGAAUUUUUCAUUCCUGAAGUUUUUCGAGAUUGAAUGAGAAAGUACUGCUUUUUUAUGCGAAAAAACGAAAUUUUUCAGCUUGGGACUGAUAGAAAAAUAUAAACUUGUACAAAUUUUUUUAUAAAUUGGAGACAUUUUUUUGUAAGAUAAAAAGUGAAACUUAGAUCUCCUUGUAAAAAUAGGGCCAUAUCCUCGAUUUUAAAGGUUUUUUUAGGCUUCAUCGUUAUUUUUAAAUUUUAACUUUUUUUCCGCAGUAUUCAUAUUUUUUUCUUUUUUUCAAUUUCGUCAUUUCAACUUUCUACACUACCUUAUUAAAAAUUCCCAUUUUUUUCUAAGCUUUCGAAUUUUUAUCAUUUUUUUCAUAGCUGGAAUUUGGUUUCCUAGUCCUAUACUUUAAGGCUUAUAGGCAAUUCAUCAGUUUUAGCUUUAAUUUUCCACAGUAUUUUUAUUUUUUUCCUUCUUAAUUUGGUUCUUUCUGUUCAUUAUCUUCUUGUAUUUUCAAGAAUUUUUUAGAACUCCUUUUAUUUCACCUAUUUCCCGAGUAUCUGUACUUAUUGGAUGUUUUUCAAGCUCUCAAUCCACACGAACAACGAUGAGUUCGUUCUGGUCGGCGGGCAUCCCCCGGGCCAAGACAGCGCUUCGAAUUCGAUGCACUCCACUUGUCGCACGGUUUUUAGCCAACAUGUGGAUUUUUAUUGGAAUUUUAUCAAUUUAGGAUGAUUUCAAUGAAGGGCACGACGGUACGUGGAGGUCGAGUGGAGCUCGAACUGUUUGAUUGUUUUCAUUGAUUAAAAAAAUAAAUUUGGUUUAGUCGAUGCAAAACUUGAAAUCUACAUCGACGGAUCAGUUGCUCACCAGAAGUGGAUCGGUAUAGUUUUACCUGUUUUGGUUAAUUUUUUUUGAAAAAUGAGAAAAGCUGUUUUUCACGAGCAUAUACGGGUAUAGUGAGAAGAUCAUAAAAAGAAGAGUCUAAAGCUUCUUUUUGAGUUCCUAGAUAGGUGUCAUAAGGUGUUCGGAAUCCCCUUUUUCUCACCUUUUUUUCCGCCUCUUUCUGUUUUUUUUGUCUCCUAUGAAGAUGCUUUUUUAAAAUGAUGGUCAAGAAAAAAGGAGCCUUCGAGGCCUUUUAACCUUUCUUUUUUUCUAAAGUUUUUUUGAGACGCCCGUGUUUCAUUGGCAGACCAUUUAAAAAAGGUCGGCCAACUCUACCUCUAAAAUCUUCUAAAACUAAAUUUAUCAGCUCUUCUUUGAAUUUUGACAACUGUCAAAUUGUUUCUGACAACUCCGUGGGGAAAAAAAAAUGGUUAUUCUUUGUCAUUUUGGUGAAUUUUUGUGAGGAAAUAUUACCUGCUGAACUAAUCAAGUUUUGUAACCGCUCAUGUAUGUUCACAAGAAGAAAAAAUUGGGAAGACAUUUUCAAAGUUCAUUUAAUCACAGUUGAAGAUGUAUAAGCAGAAAAAGUUUCAUUAAAAAAAUAAUCUUAAUAAAUUUUUCGUGAUCCGUUCAAGAAUAUAACUGUUGUGAUUGGAUAUAAUUUUUUUUUUUUGAUUUUUCAGUUCUUUGUUACUUUUGAUAGAAAUGCAAGAGGUAAAGGUGAAAAUCAAGGAUUUCCUGUUUCGAGGGAAAAUUUUGGAGAGAGCGGUAUAAGCAGUCCUUUUAAGAGUAAAUUUUCACGAAGGAGACACGAAAAAGCUCCUAAAAAUCAUGGAAAAAUCGUGAAAAAGCGAAAAAGCGAAGGACUUGGAAUUUUUUAAAUCGUAUAUCGCAAGAAAUCAACCGAGAAAAGUAGUUUUUUUUCAGUCGAUCCGCUCGGAAAUUCAUGCCAGUCGGGAUGACGUCUUUGAGGAUGAUGAUGUUCUUCAUAAUCAUGAGAUUGUCAUUCCUAACCAGGUUUUGUUUAUAAAAAAAAUCUGGAAUUUUUCCAACUUGGUCGAAACUUGGAGAAUUCUUUUAUGGCGAAGGAUGAACUUAAUUAAAAAACACAGCCGACUCACGGCUGGCUUGAAAAAUGGGUCCUGACACGAUUGAAGAAAGAGACAGUGUCUGGUUCGUGGAGAGCGCAGACAGGCCACGCCCCUAAAUUUCUCAAGCUAAUCAUAAUUCAGAUCUAGCCGAUUCGCGGCAAACUUGAGACGUUUAGGGGCGUGGCCUAUCUGCGCUCUCCACCAACCCGAAACUGUCUCUUUUUAUAAAUCGCGUCAGGACCCAUUUUUCGAUGGCUCAAGUCAAUCACCUAUACUUUGACCUCAAAUAGUUGAAUAUUAUUGCAACCAAAAUCCUCAGGUGAAUUUCAAAAAAAAAGAUCGGAAUUUCAUGUUCUUUUCUAGAAACGGAAUAAGAGUAUAACUUGUAGCCGACGCUGGAUCGACCGCCGGUCCCGCGAAUCCUCCUGAAUGACCAAGAAAUGGGAGAAUCUCGAAGAUCUAGCCAAGACGUAUCCGAGAAGACGUCCACGUACCGCGGAUCCCAGCGAAAUUUAGCCCGAGACGCUUUCGGAUCGAGUUCGACGAACACGUCGAGCCACCAGCCGAACUACAGUAGCAAUGUUGGGAAGCAAAAAAUGAUAAUAUGAUAUCAAAAGCCUCACGGAUCAACUAGGGAACGCUAAUAAGGCCGAAAAGCGCUAUUUUAAGCUGUUGAAGCGUCCUACCUCGAUAACCAGAACUAUUGCGAGAAUUUUUUUCUUGUUUUGCAAUCAGAAUGUCCUGAAGUACAUUUCAGAGGAGUUUCAUCAAAAGUUCAACCGGGAUAAAAAAGUUCCCUAGUUAGUGUUCAAAAAAAUUUUCUUUUCGAGCUUUUGAAAAGACCUUAAAGGAGCCAAAAUCACAGAAAACUACUCAAGCAUCGAAUUUUCAAAAAAUGAACCCUCAAGGGAAACGUAGUUUUGGCAACAAAUGUCCGAAAAAUGAGAAAAGAAAAUACGAAAAAAUUAAUCACACAUUUUUUGUAUGUAGUUUGAUCUUGCCCUCUGGACUGGAUUUAUGAUGACUCUUAUUUUCAAAAUUCUGGUGAAAUUUCAGUUCGCAUAAGAAAAAACGCAGUUUUCUAAAGUUUUAAAAAGAUUAAACUCCAUAAAAAAUAAAGUUGAGAGCGAAAAAAAAAUCUUCGUACCUUUUUUGACGACACUCUUUCAGCAAGUUCUGCGUUUCUCUUCAGAAAAAAAAAUUGAUUCUAAGUUUCUGUUGAUUUAUUGAUUACCCAGGAAAAAAAAACACUUUUGCCAAUUGUGAGUUCAGACGGAAACAAGAAAAACGAGCUUUGGCAGCGAAUCGAACAUACCGUACACCCGCGACAGCUACACGAGCUCAAAGAGAGAUCUCUCCUCUUUGUCGGCUAGAGAUUUGUAUCUGCGCUCAAGGGCCACCUCAAGGGCGAGCAUGGUAAGAAAUCAAAAAGGCGGCAAAAGAUAAGUUUAAAAGAAUGUGGGAUCUUUGCGCAAUGGAUUAUUUCUUCCAAUAAACUUUUGAAAUAGGGUGUUUUUGGGGAAAAGAAACCGGGAAAUUUUUCGAUUUCAUUCUAUAAAAUAAGCACCCGAAACAUGGUGUACACCGAAAAAUUCCAUUAAAUUUUUUUAAAAAUAUAGUUUGACCAUUUAUCGGAGUACUCCGUUGGAGAAGAUCCUGCUUCCGAGAUAGCAAAUGAAUAAAAAAACUUAGGAAGAAGAUUUUUUCUAACAAGUAAUUUCAAUUUACGGCGCGGUUGGUAUUCAUCUGAAAGUCGGCCAGAACACUAAAAAAAUAUCCUGGAAGUUUAAAAAAAGGGAAAUCCUUGAAAAUCCCUUAAAAAUAGGCUUUUUUUGGGGGUUUGAAUGAUAUUUUCUCGAAAUCAAGAAGUUUUUACAGGUUGAGAGUUUCAAAAUCUUCUUUUGAUUUUUUUAUAAUCGAAAUUUCCUUCAAAUAUUUUAUUUUUCGCAGGCUUCUACGAACACAGAAGAUCACCUCCGUCAGGCCUACGAGUACAGCAAAAGGCUGGAAGAUCAAAUGCCGGUCAUCAGUUCUCGUGAACCUUCUCUCUUGGAUUGCCAGACUUCUCGAACCCUCAUCGGGUCUCGUGACGAUGUUUGAAAUAUUCGCCCAGUGUUCUUCAUUUAAGUGUGUUUUUCAAGGUUAACCGUGCCGCGAGCGUCGAAAGGAGCACUGGAAACCAACAGAAAAAUGUAGAAAAGUUAAUUUUUCUCAAUUUUAUGCCGAUUUCUCAGAAGCCAAUGAGCCGAUCGGCGUCAAUUUCGUCGAACGUUGGAAAUCCCGUGGAUCGUGUCGUCUUUUCGGAAAUUCCCACCCUUUACAGUCAUCCAGAUGAUCGUUUUGAUGAUGAUGCUGAGGGAGAAGUUCGUGCUUUUUCAGAAGAUUUUGAAAAGUCCUUGAUUUUUGACCCUUUUUUGAAAACUUUGUGCAGUUUCAUUAUUGGAUUUACUAUUUUCUCAUUUUUUUUUUUCUAAAAUUUCAAUCUCCAAGUGGUUUUUCUGAUUUUUUUUCUAGCUUAAAAAUGGAUUUUUAGAGGAGAAAAUGAGUUGAAUAAGGCCCUAAGAACGUACCUAAGGCACCGUACUCUAAAAAAGGACCUAAAAAAGAAGAUCCCAAAAAAAUUUUAAUUUUAAUCGAAACAGGGCAUUUUUUCAUCCUAGAAAGUCCAGUCCCCCCUGAGUUUCUACAUUUUCCGUAAUUUUAAAGUUUUCCGUUUGGAAGGAAUAGUCAGUGAGAAAAAAUAGCUCGAAAAAAAGGAUUUUAUGGUAAAAAUUACAAACCUCUUAACCAACAAGCUCAGAAAAAGAUUGAAUUUUCUUGAAUUGUUGUUUUUUUCAGCCCUUCCGACCGACUUCUGAGCAUCUCCGGACCCCGAUGAACGCCAAAAUAGCUCCAAACCGCCCGAGGAUCCUGGAACAUCAGACGAGUAUCAACAUCCCUUCGGUCAACUCGAAUAUUUAUGCCAAUGCCACCGAAAUGACCGUUCCGAUAUCGUUGAGCAGCCGCAGCACUUCGGCCGCCAAUAGCAUCAAUGUGGGGGGUUUUUUGAGGAAGAAUUGAGCUUGAAAGUUGGAAAUCGAGCAGAAAAUUAUGAAAAGGAGACUUUUAUGAUGGGGGGUAGUUUUUUGGGUGAAAUUCAAAAAGAAAAAAAAAGAGAGAUUUGCUAGGAGAAACGCUUAUUUCACACACUUUUUGACUUAUUUUUUUCAUUGAUUAUUUAUUUUUUUAAGGAUCCGAGGUCAAGUUUUUUUCUAUCCCAAGUAAUUUUUUUUAACUGAAAAGAAAGAAGUUACAAAAGCCGUUUAACGCUUGCAACAGCUCAAACUGGGUUUUUUUAUUUCAAGAAAGAAAAAUCAUUAAGUUUUUGAAACACAUUUUGAGGUUGAAAAAAAUGGUUCAAAGCACGGUGUAAAGAUAAACAGCUGUUUUUUUAUUUUUUUAUUUUUUUAUUAAGAGCUAGAAAUUUUGAACAGAAAAAAAUUUGCAAAUAACGGCUAGAGGAAUCCCGACUCGAUAGUUUCUUUCAUUUUGAAUUUGAAAUUGAGCCGCCUUUUUCGAGUUGAUGCGAUUCCGCGAAACUCGAAAAAAAGUCGUCAGAAAAAUGAGAAAAAUUUACAGAAUUUUUUUAGAAUCAGAAAAUUUCGAGUUUUGUGAAAGAACUUUGAAUCCGACAUGAAGAAUUACUAUUUUGAAUGUAUUCACAAAUGCGAAAAAGCGCAACUUGGUUCAGAACUUUCUUGUAAGAAAUGCAACCUUUCUGAAAGUUCUGCAGCUGCGUUUUUUUCUGUUAACCGAAACCUUAUCAGAGUGUUGAAAAAAAAGCACAACUCCAGAAAGUUGUGACCGAAACCCUGUUUUUUCGUAUAGGCCAUUCCGCGCCAGCUUGUCACGUUUUUCUUUCCGCCAAAAGGCCAGGUCAAAUUUAACCAACUUUCGCUUCAAGACCUUCGUUUCUUGCCGUUGUAAAAGCAGAAAUUUGAUCUAAUUUGGUAUACGGUCUUUUGGGCGGAAAGAAAAACGUGAAAAGUUGGCGCGGAAUAGGCUAUAUCUUUUCUGAGGGUUCUGUAUUUCCAGAGGCGCUCACGCCAGCCAUCCUUCAAUGAAGCGCCAGUCCGACCACUUAUCGUCACUUCAGCCUUAACUGUUUGGAAAUGAUCAUUCGAAAAACUUGAUAACUGUUUUCAUUAUUUUCAGCCCCUGGCUCAGAAAAAGUCGAAAAGCGUGACGCAAUCGGACCAGAAUCUUUUCACGCCGCAGACGGUCGCCAGAGAGCCCCGAUGUGUGAAGAAGUUCUUCCAGGUGUGGCAACGAAUCGAGGAAUUUGAAAAAACCGCUCGGCCUUCCCUCAAUGAAAAGAAUUUUUUUGAUCUUUUUAUUCUGAACUUGUCUUUGUGAUCUUUGUAAUGCGCUGUUAUUGCGUGAGAUACUUGAACAAUCGAUCAUUAAUCGUUUUUCAAAAAAAGGAUUUUUUCAACUUUUUACAAGGGAAUUAAUUUCAGUAGGUCGUUUUACAUUUGCUGAAGAUUGGCAUGAAUAAUCUAAAAAUUUCCAAAUUAGUCAAUUUUUUUCGAAAAAAAUGAGGACUGAACGUCUCAAAAAAAGGGGGUUUCGACGCAUUUUUUUGAUUUUUUUAGUAGUUCCGAAAAAGUGAUAUUAACUUCCUUGUUAGGAAAUCGAGAAUUUAAAAAAAGUUUUAUGAAAAUUUCAAGUUGGUUAUUUUGAACUUUUUGAAGUUAAAAAAAUAUCCUAAAACAUUUUUUUAUCCGGAUAUUUAGUAAGAAAAAAAGAAAGCCACAUUUUCAAAAAUGUAGAAUAAUCUCGAAAAGAUGUUUUUUUAGGUUGACUUUUUCAGAAAAAUAUUGAAGUUUCUAAGAUUAAAAAGUUUCUAGGUUGCUCUCAAUCAAAUUUCUUGAAAUUAGAAAAAAAUUUAUAAUCUUUAUUCUUCUACUGAAAUUUAUUUCAAAUCGAAAUGAAUUUUUUUACCUUGAUUAACAUGAAAAAAAUCAAAAAGUUGUAUAAAAAAAUUUUCCAACAAAAAAACGACUCAAAAUGAACAUUCUUUCGAAAAAAAUUCAAUUUCAAAGGUAGAUCAAAAAUAAUUUUUUUGGUCCUUUUUGACACGCCACGUGGGCCUGGCUCUAGGAGAUCACAAUUUUUUGGAACUUGCUUUUUUUCUGAUUUUUAUGUCGUUUUCAAAGGAAUUUCGCGAAUUUCAAAACAACCGUCAGAGAAAGAAGAGGAUGAUUAAUUUUUGGAGAGUUAGAGAUAAUUUUGAGUUCCGCGGAUAUUACUUUGAAAACGGAAUUAGUUUUUUUUUUGUACAUGUUUUUUUUUCUUUGAUUUUUCGCUUUUUUCUUUUUAUUUUAUCCGCUAUUUCAGCCACUAACUUCGGAUAUCGCUGUACAAACGGGCGGUUCGAUUCGCUUACGACAGGGUCACUGGGAUUCUUUUUGGUCUUUUUCAUUCAUUUCAAUAUUUUUUUCAAACUUUUUGACCAUUCCAGCUGCUGCCAUUGAACAACACAAUCCGGACUCAGCGAAUCCAGAAAAUUUGUCGAAUAAUAAAGAAGAAGAACGAAAUUUGGACAAUUCUUUCACGAUGAAGGGAACUUCCAGACCGUUGAUGAACAAUUCCUUUGAAAGGACUGGGGUGAUUUUUUUUUUUCUUGAAAAAAGUAUGGGUGAAUUAUAUCCUUGUCAAUUUUUCUACUUCUAGUGAUUUUGAUGAAGAUUGAUGGACUUCUAGAACUGGAAUGAUUUUUGAUUGAAAAAAAAUCAAUUUUCGCUAUAAGACCUCAAUAUUCAACGAUUUAUCAUUUAUUACUGUUUCAUUCUAGAGAUUAUUACAUUUUUUCCUAUCUACUUUUUCGAUGAAAAAGGUUUUUUCGAAGAUAUGUUAUUUUUUAAUGUAUAGGAUGAAGGUUCUAAAGUCACAAUCUGCAUUAUUUAUCUUUUUUUCGAAGGGGGAAUGCCUUAAUUUUUGAUAAUAUCGAUAAAAUAACGGUCAUCUUUGGGACGAAAGGAGGAUUUUUUUCAACGUUUUUUUGAUUUUUUUGUUUGAUUUUGUAACUUUUUGAAAAAAAGUAAAUCGAUGGUUUUUGAAAAAAACAUUCGAUUCCCAGAGCCUUUGUUUGAUGAAAAUGAAUUGCGUUUGAAAAAAAUCCAAAAAAAUUUCGUUUUAUUAAGUAAAAAAAUACUGUGGAAACGCACAAGUGAAAUAAUGUGGCGUUUUCAGCACCUCUGGCUAACAAAAUAAAAAUUCUCGCAAUAGAUCUUGUUUCCGAGUUGUGGAGGUUCAAAAUACGCAAAUUAUGCCAAAAGUUCGCUAUUUCGAGCUUUUGAAAGCUUUCGGGGAUAAAAAACGUUCCCUAGUGAAUAUAGCUUAAGCAUGAAAAUAAUGAUUUCAAGAGAAAUUUUGUGAUAACCAUGAGUUGUGACAAAAAAUAAGGAUUUGCAGCACCCGGCCGCAUCAGUCCUCAACAGCUUCCUGCAAGGAAGACUCGACAAGGACAGAGAGGCGGACGUUUCUUGCGGAGGCCCGCAUUCGUCCCAGUCGAAUUCCAGCCAUCAAGUGACCAUCGUCCAGCAGUCGAGUAGCACUAAUACGGUAAAAAAAAAAUAGGGGUUUCAUUGAGGAAUUUCGGAGCUUUGUAGACUUUUUAAAAAGCGGGAGAUCAAUCAAAAAAUAGAAUUAUUUUACAGUCAAUAGGAGGCCUCACUGAAAGUUGAAAUUCCGGAGAAAACUUAGUGAAGUGAACUAAAACAGUUCUAAAGUCAAUGAAAGAUAUUUUAAAAUCUGAAAAUCGGGAGAACCUCUGAUACCAUUUGAUAUAAAAAGAAAAAAAAAAUCAUGCGAAGAAGUAUUUUUUUUAAUCGGUAGAAAAGAAUUGAGCCAGGUUUUUGGGUGGUAUGAAAAAAACACCAACGAGAAUUCAAACGGCGACUUUUCCGAUUUUUUCAUAUCGCUAGGGAACUUUCCGACGGCCACCUUUCCGACGGAUCCCUUUCCGACUUUUUUCCCUUAUAUUUUUCGGUUUAUAAAACAUCUAUAAACAUUUUUCGUAUUUCUUUGUGUUUUAAUCAUGAACCAACUACCUACUUUAUAUAGGAAGAUUUAAAACGAAGAUUUUAUCGCUAAAAAAAGUCGGAAAAAGAUUUGUCGGAAAGUUCCCUAGCGAUGUGAAAUAAUCGGAAAAGUCGCCGUUCGAAAAUUCGUUUUUUUAUUUCUUUAUUUUUAUUUCAAACCACCAGAAAAAGCAAAGUUUUUUUGUUUUAAUAUCAACUUUUCAUUGGCAUUGUAAUAUUCUUGUGGAAUUAAUACACGAUUUGAAGGUUUUUUGAAUCAGUAAACAUAGUUUACUUAAGGAAGAGUGAAAGUACGCUUGAAAAUUUGAUGGUAUGAAAAAAAGACCAGCGAAAAUUCAAACGGCGACGUUUCCGAUUUUUUCAUAUCGCUAGGGAACUUUCCGACGGCCACCUUUCCGACGAAACUUUUUCCGACUUUUUUUUCUCGAUAAACUCUUCGUUUUACAUCUUCCUAUAUAAAGUAGGUAGUUGGUUCAUGAUUAAAACACAAAGAAAUAGGAAAAAAAAAAUAUUUACAGAUGAUUUAUAAACCGAAAAACAUAAGGGAAAAAGUCGGAAAGACAUCCGUCGGAAAGUUCCCUAGCGAUGCGAAAAAAUCGGAAAAGUCGCCGUUUAAAUUUUCGCUGGUGUUUUUUUCAUACCACCGGUUUUCGGCCGAAUUAGACAAAUAUUGACCAUUUUUUUGUUUCAGAAACAUUUUUUGCACCUUUUCAUGAGAAAAAGUUUUUUUGUAGGUAAUCCCUUUGAGACUGACUGAAAAGGGCUUUUUCUAUUAUUUUCCCGUUUUCUUCAUUCAAAAAGCCUUGAAAUAAAUGGAAAAAAAAAAUUAUAUAGCAUGAAAAGUCAUUUUGGAACAAUAUUGCACUUUUUUUCAGCUUCUGAUCAAAAUAAUCCAAAAAAAUUUUUUUGAAUUUACAAAAAUCGAAUUCAAAAAAAUUGAUGUUAAAAAAAGGUCCAGUUCGAAAAAUCUCGACCAUUUUCUGAUGUGAAAGUGUUUUUUUUCCCGUUUUUGAUCGAUAUUUGAUUUCUAGAAUUCUUGAUAUUUUUUUUAAUCUAUAUUGCCCAAUAUAUUGUAUUUCUUCUAAUUCUGAGUCUGAAGAAAGUCUUGAUGUUUUUCAAUGAGAUUUCUCAUUUUCCCGUUUCAGCUCUACCGCGAGAAGUUUGAAGCGACCGAGCGCUUCAGAGAUAACGUCAAAGAAGAGGAGAAUUUCAUGGAGUGCAAAUGGAGCAACUCGGCUCGUCCUGAACACGAAGUGACCCCCCCAAAAAAUGACAUAAUAUGAAAAGUUGUGCUUUUUUAGAACCCCUACACUCUUCAGAAAGCUCAGCCGCCCAAGAGUUUCGAGGAAAAUUCGAACGUUUUCAAAAAAUCGGGCGCAAAUUUGCCAAACGCUCAGCAGGUGAGCUGAAAAACAGACCGAAAAAUUGGUGAUGAAAAAAUUUUGCGUGACAGGUUGCAACGUUAAACUUUGUUUUCAUUUCUAAAUUUUUUACUUUUUUUGAUUUUUUCCGCAUUUUUUUAUUCAUUUAUUCAAUUGAAAGAUUUCCUGUUGUCUUGUUUGGACAAAAAAAAUUCCAAGAGAUAUUCGAAAAUAUUGAUAAAGAAAGACCUUACUAGAGAGGCCACUUCAGGGCAAAUUUCGAAAUAUUCUCAAAUUUUUUUCCAACCUUUUUUUCGAAGGUAUAGAUGAAGAAUCUCACAGUGGCUAUCUGAGUAAAAAAAUAUUACUUUUUUUAAAUAUUCAUUUUAAAAAGUUGCAAGUUUCAGAUUUAGGCCUAUUCUAUUUCAAGCGCGAGUUUUGGAAAUCAAAAAAUUUGAAAAAUGAAAAUUUGUGCAAAUAGGAAUCUUGAUCCAGACUUUCAAAAAUUAGUUGUAACAGCUUUUGGCGUGUUCAUCGGAAAAAAUAGGAACUUGUCCCGGAACGCGAAAAAUAGCUCCAAAAAAGGGUGUAGCUGACUCACGGCUGGCUUGAGCCGUCGAAAAAAAGGUCCUGACACGAGGAAAAAAGAGAUAGUGCCUAGUUGGUGGAGAGAGCAGACAGGCCACGCCCACAAAGCGUCUUUUGCUAGCCGUGACAAAAUUAUACUGUUUCGCAGUAACUUGGAGGCGCUAAUAAAAACAAUUUUACAUUUUGAAAAAUGUUCAACUCCUCUUCGAGACUUCUCUUUAGAAGUUUAUAAUCUGAGCAUCACAUUUUUCAUGUCCGCGUUCGGAUCUUCGAAGGUUAGAGAGCGCUCCAAAAUGAGAAGGCAGACGCUUUUUCUUUCUCUGAAAGCCCUCUUGUUUACCCGUGUUCUCUAGCUUUCGACUAGUUGAACUUAUAUAGGUGAUUCACGGCUGGCUUGAGCCAUCGAAAAAAGGUCCGGACACGAUAAUGCACUAGAUAGCGCCUGGCUCGUGGAGAGCGCAGACAGGACACGCCCCCUAGCGUCCCAAGCUGACUGUGAAUCAGCUAUACACAAAUUUUCAGCCUUUUAAGCGAUUUUUUGUUCCAAUUCGUGGAUAAACUGUAAAAAUGUCUCUCGUUGAGGUGUUGCCGAUGGACACGCACCACCACGACCUCCGUGCGGCGAUCCUCUCGGAAGCCCGUUCUCCGAAGGCCUCCAAGGCGACGACGCCCAGCAUGAACACGACCAAGAACUCGUUCAACUUCACGACGCCGAUCCGUCCGUCGCCCAGCGAUCGGGCCCCGCCGAAGCCGUGGCGCGACCGCAUGGCCGCCGGAUCGACGGCGUCGUCGACGCCGGUCGACCGCAUGGCCGUCGAGAUCCCCCUCAACGCCAACAAGUCCGUCCUCACCAAUGAGCAGACCGAGUCGCCCUACAAAAGCGACCGGAAAACCUCGGCCUCUACUGGUUCGUGUUAGAGUUUCUGUUAUGCCUCCAGGUGAAGACGUUGUGGUAGAAGAUUUAUUAGUAAGGAGAAACUGGACUAGACUAUUUAAAAUGAAAACAGGGGUUAUAUAUAGUCUGUUCAGAUUUUGAAUGUCAAGGCAUGGCUCAAGCUCCGCCCCUAAUGGCGCGAUAAACCAAUCAGAGAGCGAGCCAUCCACAGAGUGUUUUUGAAUGAAGUCAUUGCACUUGACAUAUGAACAGACUAUAGUUCUAAGGGAUGAGAUCCCGAAGAUUAUGGAAUGUUCCAGAAUAAAGGCGGAGUUUAUAGAUUAGAGUGAAAGGUGGAACAUUCCAGAUUUUUGAAGAUCCGUUCCGGAAGCAAUAGAAAAUUCCAGAACAAUGUGGAACUUUCUAAAAAGGUAUAGAACACUUGAGAAGGUUGUGGAACUUUCUAGACAUGGUCCCUAUGACAUAAUGUGACUAUAAUUGUACAGAAUACUAUAGAAAACUCUAGAAUGAUUAAUAUAAGCGUUCAACAGUUUCAGAGCCAUCAUCAUCAUUUUUAUUCUCAAAAUAAAGGUUAUUGUAUGAAAUUCCGGGUUCAAUGCAACUUUGCUAAAUUUAAAUUUACCACUGAAUAAGUUUUUUUUUUCACUCUGACAGUGAUUAUGAACUUCGCUGAAGUAAGGAUUCCUCUUGAUUUUCGCUUCAAACUAAUUUUUUGUUUUGUUUAUGUGUAACAUCAAAAAAUUCAUGCAAUCAUUAAAGAGAGCGGUUUUUCAAUUUGGAAAGAAUUGGCUGAAAAAGUCGGCGGCCUUAGCGCGUGUACGAUUAAAAUCCGAAAUUUUCAAUUUUCUCAGACCAUUCUUCUAACACCGGAAGUCGUGUGAUGAUCGACGCCCGUUGGACCGAUCCCAAGAGAUUCGGAGACACUAUUCGGUAAAAAUGAGCGUCAUUCCUGAGAAUAAAGAGAAUCAAAAAUAGAAAACACGUCCCACGAGGUCGAAUCAAGGAUUUGGCGACCGCUUUUGACAAUAUCCAAUCGCCCGGCAAAACGGCCGAGCAGAGCAUGGGAAGGACGUCGAGGGACACGACACAAGUCCCUUGGAAAAGCUCCGCCCAGGACUUUUCUCGGCCCCAGGAACCUCAGAACUUGAGGACUCAGGAGGCUUUCGUGCACGAAAGCGAGAAAAGCACGGCUGAAGGUGAGAAGGAUGACUUUGGUCUUUUCACAGUAACCCAUGAAGAUUACGGUAGGAACAGAAUUAGGAAAAUAGUGGCAAUAGCUUUUUUGAAGUGAAAUUUAGUUUUUUUGGAGGGUUUUCAGGCAUGAAGAAGAUUCACAAUUGAAUGGCUCAUGCGAAAAAAAAAAUUGAUGAUCUAUUUUUGAUAGUCUGUUACGUAAUAGAACUUUCUUUUAAAAAAAAUUCUUUAAAAAAAGAAUUUUCAAAAUUAAGACCAUAAGGAACUAAAGAAUCAAAUUUAGAUGGCAUGAAUUGAUGAUUUUAUCUUUACUUUUUUAUCUUCACAUCUUGGAAUUUUCGUAUCACUUUUUUUAAGUUCCUAAUUUCGAGCUUUUAGAUGUAAUCUAACAAUUUUACAAAAUUUAUCAAGUUGGAAGGGAUUGGAAAAAUAUGCAGAAAAAUAUCGGAACCUUUGAGAAAGAUUUGAUCAGAUUUAACGCUUCUGAAAAAUUUUAAAAAAAAUUACAGAAGACUCGAUGAUUGAUCAUUAUAAAAGAGCUCUCGCUGAACACGAGGAGCGCAAAAAACGUGAACGUGAACGGGAUAAUUUGCGUCAAAUGCAAAAUCGAGGCGAUUUUGCUGGAAGACAGGACUAUCUGGCCAAGACUCCGGAGAAGAAGUUUGAACACGAAAGGUGCCACCGUCGAGUUGACUUCUUGGGAAAAUGUCAUUUUCAAGAGGCUCUGAUUUCUAUCGUCACUCUUUCGACCGCGUCUCGACGGCUUCUUCUCGGCCAGAAUCGCUCCAUCGCACCUCGACACCUGUUCAUGAGCUUCAUAAGCCGCCAGGUAAAAUGAUGGCUAAGUAUAGAGUGGACACUGAAGUGGCCACUAAAAGCGACUCUAUAGAAGUAUUUUUCGUCUUAGUGGCCACUAUAGUAGUUUUUAGUGAUCUGGUAGUACCAUUUAGACUUCUCGAACCCCUAAAGUAGCCACAAAAAUUUCAAAUUCUGAAGUGCUCAUUAAGACGUCAAAACUCUAAAGUGCCCACUAAAACGUCAAAACCCCGAAGUGGCUACUCAAACGUCAAAACCCUAAAGUGGCCACUAAAAGUUUCUCCAGUUCUUCAGGAUUCUUUGAAUUUGAAAUUAGAGACAGAAAAAUGUGUAUAUGUAUACUGAAAAAAGGGGUCUCUUGAUGAAAUGAAACUUUUUAAAAUCUAUUAAGAUCGAUAAUCAAUUUCAAACGGAUAGUAUUGAUUAAAAAUGAAUAUUUUUUUCUAUAAUCAUGCGAGAUGCAUUUUCCUUCUUUUUAAUAGCUUUUUCCUAUUAGGAUUUUUUUAAAUUUUAAAUUUAAAGUUUUCAAAAAUUUACAUAUUUUUUUCUCUGUAAGACCAAUAAUUUUUUUAUAUUUUCUGUGAUUUUCUUUUUUUCAUUUUGAUACCCUUGAGAGAUCUGUAAUAAAUCAAUAAUGAAGCUUCUUUUUUACAGUCAUGGAAUCGGCGUUCGGAAGGAUUCCGUCGAUCCGCGAGACGACGUCCCAACAGCCGACGAGCUACUACCGGCCGCAGUACAACGAGUACAAGCCCAAGCCGAUGUCGCCCACCAAACCCAACUUUGCCGUUUCGAAGACGUCGACUUCUAGCAAGCCGGGCGCCGGCGUCGUUAGGUGAUUUCAGAAGUUCCCUUAAAUGAGAAUUUCUUGAACGAAAAAUCAGCGUUGUAGUUGAACCAGGCGGGUGGGCCUCUCUGGGCGGUCUAGUCCGUGUUUGGGGUUUUAGUUUUAGGAGAAGGCUGUGCCGGCUCGGAUUUGGGCCUCAUUUUCAGGAAAAGGCUGUGCGGGCUCAAGCCGGGCUAAGCUUUGAAUGAAACUUUUCAGGGGAAUUUAAACAUUUUUUCAUCCUUGCUCAAAAAAUCGGUUAAUCAUGUGAACAAAAAAGGGCCAGAAACGUGGUUUUUGACGUAGAAAAGUCUGAUAUUUGACUUGUAGAAAAUUUGCGCUUUUUAGACCGGACCGGGCUUAGAAAAAUAAAAAAACUGCCCCCAUCCCCCCCGCGGCUGUCGCACAUUGAAAGAAAUUUACGAACUAUAUCAAAAAGUUCAACUUUUCAAUUGAAACUAGCUGAACAGUCACGAAAUUACUGUUCUAUUCACUAUUAGAACUUGAAGAAAAAUAAGAAUUUUGCUCUAAUAGUUAAAUGAUGAGAAAAGCCAUGUCACACUGAAGAACUUGCUUUUAAAAAGUUCAGAGCGCAUUUUCGAAAAAGUCUGAUUUUUUCUGCUAUUUACUCAGCUAAACUUGUUUAAACCGGCUUUUUUCAUUACCUUGCUGGGUUAUAUUCCUGUACCUCAUGCCAAAAAUAAUACCGCAUUUUCCCUGCAGAUCCCUGACGCAGAACUACGAACGACACUACGGAGACCAGUCGCCGGCUGGAUCGCGCCACAAAAGAAGCCGAUCGGCGGCUCCGGCGGAGUAUCGCGACGCCGUCCCCACCUAUGGUCAUUAUGAACAGAACCCCAACGAAGCCCAGCACGACUAUGAAUCUCAGCCGCCCCAACAGCAUGCCGCUAGGUCCCGAAAAUUGCAUCACCCCCUUGAAAUUAUCAUUUUUGUACAGAUUCUCCCGCCAUGAUGCCCUCCGAAGCCAUAUUCCGACGUCGAAGAACCGCAGUUCCAGCGCCCAUCCCCGCAAUUUCAACACUUCUCGAGUAGAUUUUUUUUUUCAGUUCUUAUGGAGAGUUGAGGGAAAAGAUUAUGGUUUGCUGACUGCUUGAUUUUCGAAAAAUUUAGCGAUGUUCUGGACAUUAACUGAUAAAAACAGUGUAAAAAAGGAUGAAAAUGGAUUCAAUUUAAAAAAAAAAAGAAAGAUUUUUUUUCUUGAAAGUGAACCUGAAAGUUUGAAAAGAGUUGGUUAUUUAUGUUUUGCCAUUUUUGGAUGGCCCUUUUAAGGCUUUUAAGUCAAUAAUCGAUAUUCUGAAACUUUUUCAUACAAUAUAUUUGAAAAAGGGAAAGUUUUCCAUAGAAUCUAAGUGAAUUCACGAUUUAGGCAGUUUUUUCAACAAGCAAUUUGAAAAAGAGGUUCAAAAUUCUCUAGUCCUUCCUUCGAAAGUGUAUAACAUUUUUGCCUUCUCAGUUUGACUGAAAUCGAAAAAAAAAUUUUAAUUUUGUUAAAGAGCUUUUGUUUGAGUAGGUAGCAGCAAGUCCUGCGUUCCCUUUGAAAAAAAUAUUCUUUGAUUUUUUUCGAAUUUUCUUCCAAAAACUUCUUUUUGAGCCUCUACAAGCGUCUCCUGACAUGAACCGCAACUACGAGCAUUCCAAGGAGAAGACUGGAAAGUUUGAGUCGCCGAACAACGACGAAAAAUAUUCGUAUGGCCUGAGGACCGAGGAGGAGAGUAGUAUUCGGGGCAAGAUCGACCGGAUGUUCGACUUUGUUCAGGUUUUUUUAGUUUCGACUGAGGUAGGGGGAGGGGGCUGAAAUUGUUAAAUACUUUUUGGGUGGAACUGAAAUUGAAUGAAGGGCUGCUCCUUAUUUAAAAAAAUGGUCGUCCACUGUGUGAAAAAGAAUAAACACGAUAAAGUUAUUCAAGAAUCCCCCGAAUUCUGGAAUUGCCAGCCCCCCCUCCUCACGACUGUCCAAAUAAUUUUUCAAAAAAAUAUUCCAGGACGAAAGUCCGACAUCGCAUCAACAGCUCAGCUCGAUGGAAUCCAACCGAUCUCGCUUCGAAAAGUUUGGCCAAAAUGUUCCGGCCAACCGAUUCGCCGGCUACGUUCCCGUCGAAAAGCAGCGUUACUACGACCAGAAGGGCGAAUGGGACAGGAUUCUCCGCAGCGAGGAUCCCUACCUUCGUGACGUCGACUCGUUCGACUUCAAGUUCGACAAAACGUCAGAGAUGGACGACAUGAGCGAGAGAACCUCGACCAUGAGACAUCACGGAAGUCCGCCCGGCUCUAGUCUCGCUUAUUCGGUUCGUGGAUCGAAGUGGAAGAUUUGAGUCUUGUGUUGAGGGUUUUAUGUUCAGAAAGCUUGAAAAAAAAGGAGUGGAGACAAGCUUUUGACCAGGUUUAGCCCCGUCUCCUAUUCGGGGUCUUGAUAGCUGUUCCUGUAGUAUCUUUAACAGAAGAGAUAAAGAUAAAGAUUUUUUUUUUCCAAUUUCAGCUCUCUGGCUAUCGUGAGAUGCAGCGUGCGUUCCGCGACAAGGACCGAACCCGCGACGGCCUUCACAAUGACCAGAAGAGCCAGCAUGAGCACCUCGAGCAGUCGCCCCAACACCAGGAGCCGCAGUUCUUCCGCUCGCAGACGAUGGCCGCCCCGCACGCCGGACAGAGCAUGGCCGCCUACCGUACCCGCUACUUGCUGGGCACGCCGGCGGCUGUCGAGAAAGUCACCCUCGACAAGAGAGUUCCCACUGCUCUCGCCACCUCGACACCUCUUGAUAGUCCUUCCUCCAGGCUCAACGCCGCUGAUAACUUUUCCGCCGGUUCGUCUGCAGCAGAGUGGUGUUAUUAGGAAGAUUAGUUGCGAAAACGACAUUUCAUUCAGUUCUUUUUGAUUGGAGCAAUCAAGUCGAAAAAGUUUUUUUCUGAACGCUUUAUUUUUUUAAAAAAAUAUUUUUUUAAAGAAAAACUUUUUACGACACUUGUGGUCAUAAGCGUUCCUUCUAUUUGAGGCACAGAACAAAAAAAUAUCUUCUUCUUUUUCAAAAAGUCAUUUUGGAAUAUUCCUAAUGCUUGUUUUUUUCAAAAAGGAACGUCUAAUAAGUAAUAGUUUCGAAAGUAAAAAAGUUUUAUAAAAAGUCUCCUUUUUUUAUCUGUAAAUGAUCAAGGUUUUUCGAAACGAACGUCGGAUUAGGAGGAAAAAAAUAAUUUCCCUUUUUAUUAUAAUUUUUGAAAGGAGAAGCAUCUUCCGGGAAGAGCUCAAGUUCUAGUUUUUCCUUCUUUGUAGGAAAAAGCGACUACAACGACAACGACACGUUCAUGAGCUCGAUCAGCGCGGCGUCGGUCGCCGAGCUCCAAAUGGACUAUCGCCGAAAGAUCGAGGUAAACGGCGGGAAAUGCACAGCGAAUCCCUCCACAGUUGCAAGUUAAGAAGAUCACGCACAUGGUCAAGACGACGGACAAGCAAAUCGAGCUGAACGAGCUGGCGUUGGCCGACGCCCUCAGCAAGGGCAGAUCCAUGCAAGCUGUGGGUUGUUUCUGGACAUGAUUGUCCGGGUGCGCGGGUGCUGGGCGGGCCUUGACUUAAGGAGUUAAAAUGUCUAGAUUGGUUAGAAAUAUAGGUAUUUCAUAAAAAUUAAAAAAAUAAUUUGACGAUGGAGCCGAAAAACCAUGUGAUAGAAUUUCCGCAAAAAAUCGGUUAAUUAUAAAUCAUGCUAUUUUUGAAAUUCCGAUUUACGAAUACAUUUUUUUUUCAUUAAUUUUCCAUCUCGAACCUUGGUUACGCGAAUCGGACGUAACAGGCCAUUUCUAGGGAUCACUUAAGAGGGGUGACGCUACUAAAGUGCUCAUUCGAAACGCCCCUGAUUUUGAUAGGGAUUUUCCACUUUCUAAUGCUGUUUUUGUGUGUAAUUUUUGAUGAUAGAGCAAAAAAGUUUUUUCUUCAGUUCCAGAGAGUCUUACCUAUGUCAAAAAUCGGAAAUCUCUAUCCUUUAGGUCUUAUUUUCAUACGAUUGUCGAGCCUUUUUCGAAAAAUACUUAUAAGUUGAUAGAAAAAUAAGAAUUUACGCAUCUCAAGACUUUACUCGGCUUCUGCGCACCCACACAUGCCACCAGGCUGCCCGACGUGCUUUCGAAGGUUGAAUGUAGGUGAAAUUGCAGCUGUCGGCGCAUCGGUCGCUGCUGCUGAGCCGCGAACUGUCGCGGGUGCAGCGCGACGAGCUGCGACGACUGCACGCCCUCUCCGCGAUCCGUCGUCCCCCGCCGCCGCUCUCCUUCAACGUCAAAAGCUCCGUCGUCGUUUCCAACAUCGUCGUCCAGCUCAACAAGAACUUCUGCCAACGUCAGCACGAUAGUAUGCGUCGAGCCAUACCCAUUUCAUCUCAUAACUAUUAUUUAAAAAUGGCCGUGACUUGAAUAUUUAAAAAACUCAUUUCAAGUUUAGUUCAGAAUGAUUUCGGAGCUAGGUCAAAAUUCUUAUGUCUAGGUGGAGCUGGGUACGGAAAAACUGAAAAAUCAGCCCGCAUUUCAUAAAAAUUUUCAGCCAUUACCGUAGACCCAUUUGAGAACUUAUUUCUAUUGAUUGAAAAUUAGUCAUGACUUGAAAGUUAGAAAACUAUGAAGGUAGGGAAAAAAAAGCUCAAAAUUUGUGUCAAAAAGUUCUGAAUGAGCUGGAGCUGGUCAGAAGAUUAUGGGGCGGGAAGAUCUGAUGGAUGAAAUAAUUUGUAGCCGUACUGAUUAUUCGAUUAUAUUCAAAACAGUCGGGGAUAGAAAGUUCCGAAAUAAUUUUUUAGUGGAUUGACAGACGUUCUAAAACAUUUUGGCAAAAAAGUUUUUAGAUUCCCUUUAGAAAAAAAAGGAACUAGAACCCAAACUUCUAUAUUUUAGGUAAAAACCUUUUACUGGCACCCCAUAACCCUUGGUCGAUUUUUCUUUCUUUUUCGAAUUCUUCUAUAUAGUUUCACCACAGAAUCUACCGCAGAAAUUCGAGCAGAUUAUUAAGGUCCACUGUUAAAGGUUUCUCAAGUAGCUACACAAACUUGUCAUUUUUUAGUGCAUAAUAUUAUUCCAACUUGAAUUCCAUUUCAAUCAAUCAAAUCAUUCUUUUUUUUUGGUUUAGUCAUAGAUGUAAUCGACUAGGCGGUGAACAAGAACUUUGAAAGCUAUAACGAACAACCGCCUUUGGCGAGCUAGAAGUCCAAACGUGUAGUCGAAAGAGUUGAAAGCAUGGUCUCACGGUCCUUCGCCUUGUUUUUCUGCGUGUAGUCCAUUCAGUUGCGCCUUGAUAAGCUCAGAAUGUAGUGGGUGUUGUAGCUGGAGCCCGGAGACUGUGCCCUAGGUGGAAGCCUCAGAAUGAGUGCGACCACUUCGAGUGAAGAUUUUACACGGAAUUUUAAUCAAGUUACACUCAUUUUCAACUCUCAUGAGACUUUUCAGACGGCUCGUACGCCUUCGUGGUGUUGCUCAAGUGUGGUCAUGAAGUCGACGCGACGGAAGUGGCGCCCCUUCUCGUCAACCAGAAGACCCAGGUCGACCAGCUCUUCUUCGGAAAGCAGAUCCGGUUCGCCGAUCUUCCCGUCGACUACAUGAUCAAACUGGAAGUCUACGCCAUGGUUUGGAGAUGAUCACGUCGUCCGAAAUGCUCUCGUCUUGGUUUUCAGCGUUUGCCGGAAGUCAAGGUGGAGCAGCCGUCGAACUCGUUCACGUCCAAGUGCAAGACUCUGAUUGGUCCUCGUGAGUGGGAUUUCAGAUUAAGACAAAAUUCGGAAAAAUGUCUUGAAAAAUCAGUUACCCUAGAUGGAAUUGUAGGGCUUGUAGAAUGAUAGCUUUGAGCCAAAUUUAAAGUUGAAAAACUUAAAUUUUUGAAUUUUCUCAUGGACUCUGAAAUUGAAAAGGUUCAUAUGGAAAAGAACUAGAGUGAUGAUUUCAAAUCCUAGCUUCAAAAAAAGAAAAUCUAGAAGUUUCUAUGACUUUUCAAAAUUCCAUCUUUUAAGCUCAUCUUGUAGGUUUCUAUUAAAGUGAUCUUCUGAAUUUUCUCUUCUGAAUGACAAGCUCCCUUCCCAUUGAAAAUAGUCUCACUACCAAAAACCUGCAGCUCAACGAAAGAUCGACCCUCAAUCGCUGGAAACGGGCUUCCGACUCCGUGGACGCAUGUCCCUGGACCGCGACGCCGCCGGCGACCGCUGCUUCUACCUCGACGACGUCGCCUAUCCUCUCGAAGGCACCGUCAAGAUCAGAACUCAGUGCUCCUCCUUGCCCGACGCCAUCGAAGUCGACUACCGCGGAUUCUUGGUAGGGAUUGGGAAGAUUGGAGAGAAUGGGCCUCACAGUACAGUACUAUAACGAAUGAAAUAAAUCUUACAAUAAGGGAUAAAGGACAAGUUUCUCUACAUAGAUCUUGCUAGACAUUUGAUGAGUCUCAGAAGAAAAAUAGAAUUUUUGGGCCUUUCAGAGGCGUUCAAAGUCGAGUGGGAGUCUGAAAAGGUGUUUUUUCAAAAUUUCAAAUAUUCGUUGGAUCGUGCUAGACAUUUGAUGAGUCUCAGAAGAAAAAUAGAAUUUUUGGGCCUUUCAGAGGCGUUCAAACUUCAGUGAGAGUCUGAAAAGUUAAGAUUUCAUGGCGUUUCAGGAAAUUUUCAAAAAAUUUGAAUUUGGGUUUUUUCCCUGUGAGCUGGUUUUACCGUACUUUUUUGUCCUUUCAGUCGGUCUACCAAACCGUGAGCGGAAUGGCUUCUUGGGAUCGCUAUUGGGCCGUUUUGCGCCGUGGUGUCGUCUUUUUCUGGAAAUACCCAGAUGAUGAACAGCUUGACAAAGUUGGUCGAGUCGGUUUGCAAGAUAUAAAAAAUGCCUUUUGAAGCAUCCGUUGAUGCAAAUCGACCUGACCAAGUGUACCAACCACGCGAUCGACAAAAUGCGCGAUGGACGUCUGCCCGAGGCCCCAUUCGUUUGCCAUCGAAAUCCUCGUCGACUCGGUUUCGUCGGUUAUGGAGAAGAAACGGUAAAUUCACUUUGUAGAAGAAUGGGGUCUUUGAAAGUCAAGUUCAGAAAAUCAGCUAGAUCUGAGGUAACUCAAAAAUCAACUCGAGAAAGUUUUUUUUUAAAGAACGGUAUUUUCAUUCUAAAAAAGAAGGAGCUACUGAAAAAGAUUGUGAAAAUAUGUCUUUCAAAAUAAAGCUACUUAAUUUUGAGUUUACUGAAAAAUCGGCUCAAAAGAAGGAUUUUCCUUAGAAAAAACGUUUGGAAAAAAAUGGGGUCUUUGAAAGUUUGGCUUAGAAAAUCGGCUGGAAAGUUUGAGCCCAAUAAGUCUCAGUUCAGUGGAAAAUUAUCUCAAAAAGUUGGUUUUUUGGGCGAAAAACGGUACUUUUUUUUAAAGUUGUGAUCUUUUAAAAUUUGGCUCGAAGCGCAAAAAACAAGCUUCAAAUUUUUCAGCUCAAAUUAUAGAGAAAAAUGUGCUCUGUAGAUAAUAUUCACGAAAAAAAUUUAAAUUUUCCAAGACUUUUAAAGCUUGAAUUUUUCCUUUUUGUUCCAGUUAUAAGCGAAAAAAUGAAGGAAAAAUUAUAAAAAUACCGGUUUCUUUAUUUUAUCGGCUGUUAUCCGUGGAGCGCAUUUUUCACUGGAAUUCUCGGCUCAUUAGGGUGAAAAAUAUCCUAUCUUUUUUUGAGCUGUUAUCAUUUUAUCGAAACUUCCUAUUAAAUAAGCUUUGAGGUUCCAUUUCAAUCAAUCAAUCAAUCAAUAUUUAUUGGUUUUUUUAGUCAGAUGGUAUCGACUAGGCGGUGAAAAAUUGCUCUUUUGAGUGGCACUAACACCGCCUUUGGCGAAAAAGAAGUCAAAACGUGUAGUCGAUUGAAUUGAAAGCAUGGUCUUACGAACCUUCUCCUCGCUCUUCCACAAGUUGAUCCCUCAGUUUCGCGUGUACGGGCACGGCGGGGAUGGUAGGGCUCGGGCACGGACACCGUGUACACUCUAGGGUAGCCUCGGCCGAUUGAGAGAGCUACCACUUCGAGUGAAGAAAAUACACGGAAUUUGCCCGAAAUUUUUCUCAAACGAUCAUUUUUUCAGUGUCCUUUUGUCGGCCGAUUCGCCAGACUUGCUCAACGCCUGGCUCUGUGCCAUUAA